CAGGAGGCCGCCCCGAGUUCCUAUGGCGCAGUCGCUCCUGGCUGCUGCAGGGCUCUGUCGAGUGUGAGCUCGGGAUGGACGCCUGCACGUUCGAGGUGUACCAGAUGCUGGCGCUGCUCGCCACCCUCAGCGUCUGCAUAGCCGUGGUCAUCUGCCUCUUCUCCUUCUUCAGGGAGGACAGGGACGAUCAGAUCACGCCCCUGUGCCCGCAGAUGGUUGUCAACGGGUCCGAGCUCUCGUUCACGCUACCGCUCACGGGCGAGCCCGAGAGCCUCGAGGUCCUGGACGCGGACGGCAGGCCCAUGAACCGCAUCCUGAUCGACGUCCCCGGGAAGAGCGCUGGCGGAGGGAUGAUGGCGCAGGCCCGGCUGCAGGACGUGUACGGGAAGACCCUCGCCACGGUGGUUGCAAGGGACACGGGCCUGUCCCUCUUCCGCGGGUGCGAGAUCUUCGGCUUCGUUGAGCCAGAAGAGGACGGCUCGUUCAACGUCCGGCACAGGACGGGCGUGCACUUGCUCACGCUCUCUGGCAGCGUCGACGUGUGGGACGUCGAGGGCAUCAACCCAGUCGGCUCCAGGGUGUGCAGCUUCAAGGAGGCUGGGGAGGAGUGCAGGGGCUCGGUCAUCCAGGGCGUGGACUCCGGGCUUGUGAUCGUCAGCCUUUGCGCGGUUCACCUGCACCAGCGCAUGCAGCGCGCAGGGGCGUUCCAGGCCCCGUACUUUAAGGGCGACGCCUUCCCGGACUCGUGAUUGGGCCGGCAGGGCGGCCUAGACGCAUCGCCCUCCGCGCAGGCCUCGGCCUUCGAAGGGCGAUGCCUCCGCCGCCUCGUAGCCAGCGGGGCCCGCGCGACAAGGCCCUCGUUCUUCUGACUUCAUCGGUUCUCCCCUUCCUCGAACUUCUCGCCGCGCUUCUCUACUCCACGGGGUUGGAGUACCUCGUCGCUGCCAGCCACGUCUUGUGGACAUGUACAUAUCCAGAACACGUCUGAGGUACAAACUUGAACGAGCACGCCCAGCGUGGACAACGUGCAGCGCCUGGAUCUGAGGCUCGAACGUUCUUCUGGAGACAUUUUUUUUCUGGCCAGGCAGCGAUGCUGUGGCCGUGAGCGCCGGACCCGCGCCCCACCCGGGGCGCGCCGCGGCGGCCGCGCCGGGACCUUCGCGCGUGCUUUCGCCGCGGAGUGGGGUGUGAGAGCGCUGUCCGCCUCUCUGUUCUUCGCCGCCG